AUGCAAGCGAUUCCCCCGGUCGACGGUCGCGCGCCACACAACUGUUUCCUUUUUCUAUGCCUGCUAUUGCUGUCCGGCUGCGUGCCGGCGGCCACGGGCGAGGACCAGCACGAAGCCUUCGAACCGACCGCCGGCGCGCAAACGGAAACCGUCCCCCCUCAUGGGGGAUUCCGCAUCGUCGCGUUCGGCGAUUCGCUGACGGCGGGCCUCGGCCUGUCCGCCGAGGAAGCGUACCCGGCCCGGCUUCAGGAGCGGCUGGACGCGGCCGGGUACCGCGCGCGGGUAAUCAACUCCGGUGUCUCGGGCGAGACGACGGCCGGCGGUCUGCGGCGGAUGGACUGGGCGCUGGAGGGCGACGUUCAGAUCCUGAUUCUGGCGCUGGGCGGCAAUGACGGUCUGCGGGGGCUGCCGGUCGAUCAGAUGCGGGACAACCUCGCGCGCAUGAUUGUCGCCGCGCGCGACGGCGGCGCGCAGGUGCUGCUGGCGGGCAUGGAGGCGCCGCCGAACUUCGGCACCGACUACGCGCAUCGGUUCCGCGGCGUCUUUGAGCAACUCGCGGCCGAAUUCGAGGUGGUGUUCCUGCCGUUCCUGCUCGAAGGCGUCGCGGGCGUCGCGGCGCUCAACCAGGCGGACGGCAUCCAUCCGAAUGCGGCGGGGGCCGGUCGGGUGGCGGCCCAUAUCUGGCCGGCGCUCGAGCCGAUGCUGCGCGCGGCGCAGCGAUCGGGCGCCGCGGGCGCGCAUUCUGGAGGGUCAUGA